CGAGCACCGCGACCUCGCCUGUCAGAUUUCCAAGAACUGCUGGAGGCGGCGCACGCAUCUUGAAAAGCUCCAGGAUUUCUUUGAAUUUUACCCAAUUUGCCAAUUGUUUGAGUUUGCUUUUUUACCACACCCCUUCCUUGAGCAUCCAGGGACACAGGGUAUUCAGCCAUGACUAGGGUCUGGGGAAAGUACAACACCAUGGAUGUGGUGGACCCGAAUGAAGAGUUUGUGUGUCCGUACGACCCCGUGCAUGUCAUCCGAGCCUCCCGCAUGCCUUACCAUCUCAUGAAGUGUCGCAGGAACUAUGCCCACAACGACAUGCGCACCUGUCCGUUCAACGCCCGCCACGUUGUCCCGAUCGGAGAACAUCGCCACCACAUAGCGAACUGUCCCGACAGGAAGGUCCUGGAUGUUCACACAAGCCAAGAAACUGAGGACCAGGAUGGAGGGUACUUCAAGGGGUGCACUGCUGUCCCAGCCUACAACUCCUGGGAGGCCCCUCCUCCAGAGGAGAACUGGGAACAGGAGGCAGAACAUCACAAUGCAGCGGCAGCAGCAGCAGCCCAGUCCCACCAGGAGCAGGAAGCAGAACAGGAACUCACUGCCAAGGACCUCGCCUUGAUGACUCCUGCACAGAAGAAAAACUACAAGAGGAAACUGAGGAGGGAGCAGGAGAAGAAGGCAGCGGAGAGUGCAGCACAGGCGAGCGGAUCCAACUCCACCAGACUGAGGAUCCCCCAGAACUUUGGUGCUGCGGCCUGCCUUCCUCCGCAGCAACCUGCAGUCCAGCAUGGCAUCCAGCCGGCUCAGCCAAAUAACUUGACGUAUUCCCUGAGCAUGGGUGGGGUCGGCCGGGGCCUCCUGAUGAGUCAGAGGUCAGCGGGGCCUCCUCCAAUCAAAAGGCCAGGACCAAGGAUUGCUGCCAACAUCUUCGGGAACUCAUCGGCUGCUGCGCCUCCCCAACAGCAGCCGAUGAGUAACGGCCACAACAGCACACCAGGCCAGAACCAGAUCCUAACCAAUGGCCAGGCUGGCGCAGCAGCCCAAAGCCAGACUCCCCAGAGCCUUACCAACGGGCAUGGUGCCCCACCUGCACAGCCAGCAGCUCCACACACCCAGAUGCCACAGUACCAAGCAGUUACGAAUGGCCACAGCACCAAUACAGCGAUGGGACAGAUGGCACCCACCCAUGCAGUAGCUAACGGUUACGGUCACAGCACCGGGGUGUCUCCGGCUGCCAUGGCCCCCCUGAAGACCCAGCCCCUGUCCGAUGCGGAGCUGUUGAUGUGCCUGGGGCGCGGACGGGGCCUGUCGGGGUACAGGCAGAUGAUCCAGCCAGCCGUGGGGCACCCUGCGGCCAGGAGCGGCUCCAAUGGGAGCGUACCUGAGCUGGAAGGCACAACAAAUGGCCACAGCAGCCCCCAUGCUGCAGGAGGGCCUGCCAUGAGCGACUCCGCCCCCCUCCCCCCUCCCCGCUUUGACUCCCCCUCUUCUUCUGCCUCCGACUCACAGACUGACCUGUCCGACGAGAAGGUAGGUGAUUCUAAGAAGAAGAGGCUUUACAAGCUCCAGAAGAAACUAGCCCAGAUCGCCUCCCUGGAGGCUAACGCAGGCCAGGGGAGGCAGCUCAGCGACAAGGAGAAGGCGAAGGUUCAAACAAAGGCAGCUCUGCAGGCGGAGCUGAUGGAGCUGGAGUGGCAGCUGCAGGACCUGGGGCUGGGGGAGAACUGAAGCUUUGAGGGAAGGAAGACGUGCCAAAGAGCCAAGAGUCUUGUGACUUGCAUAAGAAGCAAGAUUGUUGCUGAAAGCAGCAAGACUCCUGGUGACUAAACUCGUACUUAAGGAGGUUACGUUUGUUUGCAUGUUACUUUCACCUUAGUACAAGUCUAGGGUAAUGUGGAAAGGGAGGUUGAAGAAGCCUCGAAAAAAGAAACGAGUUAUUUGUUGCUGAAGUUCUUGUUUUUAACCCUAUUCGUUAUGUCAUCAAUGCACACCAAUGACUUUCUAUCGAAGACAUACAUUUUUUUCCAAGAAAAUUAACAAGAAAAAGAGAGCAUCUUUAAAGCAGCCAUGCAAAAGUUGCAUUUAUGUACUUUUUAUUUCUUCAUGCAUUUUUUUUGCUCUUUUUUGGUAUGAUCGACCACAAUAUAUUUUUUGUUAUUAUUAAUCACAGUAUCUGCAUUAUGAGAAACGGAAAGGAACUUGGUGUAGCUUUUUAUAUCUUGUAGUACUUUGUGCUAUGUAUGUAUAUGCAUACUCAAACUAACACAUACUCACACUACAUAGGAUGUGUGUCAUCCAUCAAAAGCAUUCCAAAUCACUGACUUCAAAGUUAAUUUUGUGCUUGUGGCAAAGUGAAGACUUUCUCGUUAAAUUCAAAAAACGUGUGGUUGAGAUGAGAUCAUUCCAGUUUUUUGUUUGUUUGGGUAUCUGUGAAUGUUGGUCGUACUCCUUUUCCCUUUGAUGAAAGUGAACAAAGCCAAGACAAGUACAGACACAUCAAAGAUUUACACAUUUGUAUUUUCAAAAACGCUGACACCACGAUAUAACGAAGAACAUCAAAAGAUUGUUGCCAUUUAGGGAAUAUUUCCAUUCUCAAACAUAACUACAUGUGCAUACCCCAUGUGAUAAGGAACACAGUUCCGUUAGGCAGUACACUAUGUUGGGUAUUUGAGUAAUUCUGCAUCAGGGUUGUAGUCAAACAUAUUCUCAUGUGGAUAACAGGUUCGUUUUUGUAACUCAGGUAACAGGUGUUGCAAUGUUUAUCUCUUCUUGUUUUGCAUCUUUUGUAAAUAAACAUGGGAAAACCCUUUC